UUGUGGGUUGUGAGUGCCCACGAAGGAUACACCUCAUGCUUCCUCCGAAUUCCCGUGAAACAAGGUCGCAUUCGAAGUGUCCUACUCGCUUUUAUGAAACGAGACAGCCUCGAUGACGUAUGCGACCUCCGGAGGACGCAGCCUUCCAAACGAGACACAGCCGACAAUUUCUCUGUAAGACGUCAUCAACAAGCGUGUUACAAUACGUCAGCAAACAUGGCAGCCUCCUGGUGACAGCAGCUGAAUUUGUUCAUUGAUCAAGGGAAUAAAAAUGGUUCAUUCAGAAGAUAGCAACAUUAUUUUUCGAGUCAAAGGCAUCUUGGAGUUUAUAUGCCAGCUUGACAACUCUAAUGAGGCACAAAGUCAAAGCACCAUCUCAAAAAGUUUCCAGGGUCUCUGUUCCAAAGUAUCAUCAAAGAAUCUUGUUUUCACUGUCUGUAACAGUACUUUAUUAAUAUGGCCCAACACUAGUUUCCAGUCAGGCGUAGAGAGCUUGACAGAAGCAUCAGCAUGUGGAGACAUUCUGCAGUAUAUAGAGACAGAUGAUAGCAGAAGCAAGAAGUCAUCAAAAAAGAAGGAUAAGAAACAUUCUGGACCUACUGUGGUGAAUAUGAAGCUGUUGUUUGAGGUGACAGAGCCUGCUAGCAAUGAAGCUCCCAGUCUCUACAGAGUGACUGGACAGCAGCACUAUGUGAGGAUGCCACUGCCUUUGGACUGUGUUCUUUCUGUGCCCACUGAUAAAAGCCUGGCAACUGUGUGUAAAGGGCUGGUGGAGGCAUUGAGUAAGCAGGUAUCAGACAUGGAGGAGGUGGUGCUACGGUACAGGAAGGGCUCUUCUCUUUUGGUGCCACAGCCAUUUCACUUUGAGCUGCCCAAUGCUGCUGGACUCACCACUGUAAUAUACCCUGCAGGGGUAGCAGACAGCCAGCUACAAACUGUCAGAGAGGAUCUGCACAGGAAGUUUAAGUUGCCAGGUGAUAGGCCAUUCCUUAGACGUGCUAACGUCUUCCAUUUCCCGGAUGAAGUCUAUAAAGAUGGUUACCUCCGCAACCCCCACGCACACCUGAAUCCACCCAAUGUUGAGGAUGCCAAGCUGUAUCUGGUGCAGGGAGUGUACAGUUAUCAUCACUAUAUGCAGGAUCAUGUUGAUGAUGACGGCUGGGGUUGCGCAUAUCGUUCACUUCAGACUAUCUGCUCCUGGUUCCAGCAGCAGGGAUAUGUGCAGACAGCUGUACCCACACACACACAGAUCCAGCAGGCUCUUGUGGAUGUAGGGGAUAAAGAACCUCGUUUUGUGGGCUCACGUCAGUGGAUUGGCUCUUUCGAAGUUCAGGCUGUCCUUAACCAGCUGCUGGGGGUCACCUCAAAGAUCAUGUUUGUCAGUCAUGGAUCUGAGCUGGUAACCAAGGGCAGAGAACUAGCCAACCACUUCCAGACUGAAGGAACACCUGUCAUGAUUGGUGGAGGUGUUCUUGCACACACUAUUUUAGGUGUAAUAUGGAGUGAGAAUACAGGACAAAUCCGCUUCCUCAUCCUGGACCCUCACUACACUGGUGUAGAGGACCUGCAAACCAUCAUUGACAAGGGCUGGUGUGGAUGGAAGGGCCCAGAGUUCUGGGAUCAGAAUGCCUAUUACAACCUCUGCCUUCCUCAGAGACCCAAGACCAUCUGAGUCACAUACCUGACUGACUCUUAUUAAUCUAGUAGUAUAUCUUUGUUUCAGUGGGCACAAACCAACAUGUCAGUUCACAUGAAAAAGAAUGAUUUAUAACUCAUUGUCCUUACAAUGUUAUCAUAACAUUGCCUUUAACAUAAUUUUCAGUCAUGCUCCAAGUUGCAAUGAAUUCAGCAAGGUCUUGCAUGAUUUUUUUGACAGUUGUUUGAAUCACAUGAAUGAUACUGACAUUAGAAAAUAUUAUUGAAAUUGCACAAGCGUACAAUUUCAGCUUGUAUUCCAAAUUCACAAAAAAAACUUGAGUCAUCUUCACAAGAUAAGGCUUCCUGCAAGUCAGUAAAAAGGAACAGCAACUGAAAUCUCUUUCAGCAUUAACAGAUCAUGCAAUAAAGUAAUGCUUUUAUUGUUUUCUAAAUUAAAAGACUCCUUUUUAAUUGGUGGUUGCAGAAGGUUUCUUUACAUGUAAAUGAUAGCUGUCCAUCCAACUUGUAGUUGUGCUAGAGAACCUCCUCCAGUGGACACAAAAAACUCUGCUCAAAAAUGCCAAAAGUCUUAAUUAAAUAAACUGCUGCUAUGUGGAAAAAUAAUAAAUUGAUUGCCUUGUGGCUAAUCUUCUACA